AUGACCAAGACGGACGGCGACCCAGAAGUGUCCCAGACCGAAUGCCUGGAUCAGAAAGCUCUCGGCACGGCGGUCUCAAAUGGCGCAGUCGAUUUGCAGGAGAAGGCGGUCGAGGUGGCUGUGGCAGGGACCCCGUCAGCCCAGAGUUCGGUGCCAUUGAUGGAUUUGGAGAGAGGCAUCGUUGGCUGGGACGCGAUAGAUGACCCGGCUAACCCAAAGAACUGGAAACGGAAGAAACGAGACUUUUUGAUGUUUCAGAUGGCCACCAUGGCGACUAUCAGCCCCAUGGCAUCCUCAUUAUGCGCUCCGGGCAUCGAAAGUACAAUGAAAGACCUCCACGAGCCGUCUCGGGUACUGGGGUCUCUGAUGAUCACCAUCUACGUUCUCGGAUACGCCAUAGGCCCGCUGUUUCUGGCGCCUCUCUCGGAAAUCUACGGCCGGUAUCCCGUGGUCAUGAUAUCGUCUUGGACGCUCGUGGCCUGGCUCCUGGGAUGCAGCUUCGCGCCCGACAUGCCGAGCCUCAUCGUCAUGCGGUUCCUGGCCGGGGUCGGCGGAUCGGCCAUCAUCACCAUCUCGCCGGCCGUUGUGGGAGAUCUGUAUCCUAUUGAAAGACGAGCUUUUGGUUCGGCCAUCAUCGUGGGAAGCCAAUCUCUUGGUCCUAUUGUGGGACCAAUUUGUGGAGGGUUCAUCACCGAAUAUCUGAGUUGGCGAUGGUCAUACUGGAUCCUGGUGCUCUGUGCUGGGACUACCACGGCGGUCAUCACCUUCUUCACGAAAGAAUCCAACGCGGUCGUUAUACUGGAGCGAAAAGUUCGAAAGAUGAGAAAGAUGCUUGGUCGACCUGAGCUGGUGUCGGCACUCCAACGCCCGAUGUCUGCUCAUGAGUUGUUGAAACUGCUAGCCAAAUCUCCGAUCGUCUUAUUUAUCAGUAUCUAUGUUGCGACUGCCUAUGCCUUGCUGUACCUCAUGUUCACCACUCUUCCAACUGUCUUUGAAGAAGCGUAUGGCUGGUCUCUCCAGCUUACUGGUCUUUCGUAUCUUGGGCUGGGAAUAGGAACAUUUGUGGCUUUGUUUGUUUUGAUCAGGUACAACGACGCACAAGUCGUGAAGCUCAUGAAGAACAACAACGGAGUAUUCGAGCCCGAGAUGCGAUUGGCCACGACAACGUGGUGCGGAAUCAUGCUGCCGAUGUCUCUGAUAUGGUAUGGCUGGGUAACCGACAAACACGCUCACUGGGCUUCGGCUGUCGUUGGCACCGUACCAUAUGGUAUCGGGAUGCUCGGGAUCUUCCUUCCAUUUCAGACCUACAUGGUCGACGCUUUCCCCCUCCACGCAGCCUCCGCCAUCGCCGCACCGACGGUCAUGCGUUCGCUCUUCGCGGCGUUCUUGCCGCUGGCGGCGCCUCCGCUGUAUCAGAGCUUGGGUUUGGGCUGGGGGAACACGCUCUUGGGCUUCUUGGCCCUGGCCAUGAUUCCCAUUCCGCUGGCGUUCUACAGGUACCAUAUAUGCACUUCUAGAUACAUCACGAUGCCCUCGGACUAA